AGACAUAAAGGGUGAAUAGUUUUCUUGAGUCUGACACACAACACGUGAAGAAAGAAGUCCUUUGGUAUUGUGCUAACUUUUAUUUCCCACCUUUAUUUGGUUCUCUGUGCAUGUGACCAUUAUUGGACGUAUCUCUUGACUCAUUCCUUCACAUUUCAUACACAUACACACUGUGUGUAUUUAUACUCAAUAGUUCUGUAGUUCUUAUGUCUCUACUUGUGUCCAAAUGUCAAUCUCUCUCAAGUUCCUUCUUUGGUCAUCUCUUGCUCUCUUGCUUCUUCAAACAGGUUUUGGAGAAAAGUGUGACAGCAAAAGCAGCGAACCAACGGUGAGACAGACGCAGGUGAAGUUGGGAGAAGGAAAGAAGUUCAGAGUUGAGGUGAUGAACAAAUGUCCAAUGUGUCCUAUCAUCAACCUCCGUCUGAAAUGUCAAGGCUUCCCUCAGUCUCUUGUGGACCCUACGCUCCUCCGUGUCCUCUCCUCUUCCGCCGGGAACUGCGUGGUUAACGACGGUUUACCGUUGAGUCCAAUGGAGACUCUCUCUUUCAACUACUCUAGCUCAAACCAGUUUGCUCUGAGUCCUCUUUCUUGGUCUUUUCAGUGCGAGUGAAUCAUCAAUAAAAUAUUUAAAAUCAAUAAGAAUAAAUCUCUUUGUUCAGACCACCUUUUUUACCAA